AUGUCAGUGAGGCAUCCAUCUAUAUCGGAACAUCCAGCAGCAAUUCGGUGGUUCCAGGCAGAGUCCAAUGCAGCGGGAAAAUCAUCUGAGGAACGGGCCGAAAAGCUGAAGGAAGAAGUGAGGCUGAUGCUUGAUAGUGCGGUGGAUUCUGUACAGCAACUGGAGCUCAUUGAUGUCUUACAAAGACUUGGAUCAUCUUAUCAGUUUGAAGAUGAGAUAAAGAGAAUUCUUGAUAGGGUCUACAAGAACAAGCAUAAACAAGAUAGCUUAUAUGCGGUAGCUCUGGAGUUUAGACUCCUAAGACAUUACUAUGAUGUUUCUGCAGAAGUUUUCAAUAAUUUCAGUGAUGAGAAGGGAAACUUCAAUUUAUGUGGUUGCGAUGAUUGCAAAGGAAUUGUAUCUCUGUAUGAAACUACUUUUUUGCUGAAAGAGGAAGAGAGUAAAAUGUUCCAUUUUGUUAGAAAUUUUACUGUCUCAUACCUGAAAGAGUAUAUCAAGGACAUGGAAGAUGAAGAUGAAUAUGUUCCCACAUUAGUGAAGCAUGCACUGGAGCUUCCACUACAUUGGAGGGUGCCAAGGUUAGAGGCUAGGUGGUUUAUUGAUGUAUGUGAGAAGAGACAUGACUUCAACCCCACCUUGCUUGAGCUUGUUAAACUCCAUUUCAAUACACUGCAAGCAACGUACCAACAAGAUCUUAAAUAUGUGCUAAGGUAA